UCGAAACAUUCGCUGCCGUUUGAUGACGCCUCACAGGAACCAGUGACGCCAUCCCUGCCCUCUCCUUAAACAGUUGGCAACCGUUAGCGACUGUACUUUAUUUCCCGAGCAUUUCACUUUACUCUCGUCCUCACGAUGUGGACCUCCGACGGCGUCUUUCUUUUCCUUUUGUCCGCUCUCGUCGCCGCGCAGGAGCAAAUAUCGACGACUUCUCUUCCUGCCGUUGCAGUGUCGUGCGCCUCCAAGUCCAACAGCAGCUGUGCAGAAUGUCUGCAGAAUGCCUCUUGUUUGUGGUGCGCGCCCAGCAAGCAGUGCCUGGACUACCCGGUGAAGAACAUCCUGCCUCCGAAAAGCGUGUGCCCCUUGAGUGACGCGAGAUGGGGCGUAUGCUGGGUCAACUUCCAGACGGUGAUGAUUACGCUUAGUGUGCUGUCUGGCCUUUUGGUGCUGGGCCUCCUGGUGUGCUGCCUGUGCUGCUGCUGCCGCCGCCGCCGCCGCCAGCGAGUCAGUGAUGACGACGAGGAUUUAAGGGCGGAGCAACAAACCCGUGCGAGGACCGCCCGUCAGAAAGAAAGGAGGAUGGAAAUGCAGCUGAGGCAUGACAAAAUACGACAGAAAUAUGGCCUUUCAAAGGAUAAUCCCUACUCUCGCAUGGAUGAGAAGAAAUAAGUGCCCUGGUUUAUUCUUCGUGUGAAUUACUCCACCGUAGAGUAGCGGCUGUCUUAUUUGAAGUGAGGCAUCUAUUCAACUGGAGACCACAAUUUAAGAAUGUACACUCCCGAUUUAACCUGAACAUAAAUCGUAUCCUUAACUGUGAUCUUUUCCUUUGAUUGUAUUCAUGUUUGUGCCCUCCUACCCCCCCCCCCAAAAAAAUGUUUCUGAAUGAUAUGUAUUCUUACCAUUUUAAUAUUUUUUGGGUCUUACCUUGUUAUUUAGACCAUUGCACUAUUGACUGAGUGAACUCAUUCCAGCAAGAAAUGGCGACUUGUGUUUGAAACGGCAGUAUUUUCACAGUGCUCCUGUUUGUUCUAUUUAUGUCUGCCCAGUUGUAACAUGAAAUAAUACGUGUCUCUGUUAAGAGCAUGACGUUCCACGUGUGAAUUUGUUUACACCCCCAUGUCAUUAUUACCCAUGUGAAAAUAAAAUGGAUGGUUUGUAUCAA